CGCGCUUCCGGAAGCUGUCAGCUGUGAACACCGCAUCAACUGCAAUGAGUUUUGAGUGGCCCUGGCAAUAUAAUUUCCCACCGUUUUUUACGCUACAGCCCAAUGUUGAUACAAGACAGAAACAGCUGGCGGCAUGGUGUUCCCUGGCUCUGUCGUACUGCCGGCAUCACAAGCUCUACACCCUGGACGUCAUGGAGGCUCAGGAAAGCCCCGUGUUCAACAACAAGAAGAUAGAACGAAAACUGUCAAUGGAAGCAAUUCAAGUUGUGUUUGAGGAAUUGAGGAAAAAAGGGAACCUGGAAUGGCUGGACAAAAACAAGUCCCGGUGUUUAGUCAUGUGGAGACGACCGGAGGAAUGGGGCAAGUUAAUAUACCAGUGGGUUUCCAAAAACGGGAUGGUCAACUCUGUGUUUACGCUUUACGAGUUGUCCAAUGGUGACGACACAGAAGGUGAAGAGUUCCACGGUUUAGAAGAGUGGAUGCUGCUGCGCUCCUUGCAGGCUUUACAAACAGAAGGCAGAGCAGAGAUCAUCACCAUGGAUGAUGGAAAGGGGGUGAAAUUCUUCUGAAACGGUGCUGGAAUCACACACACUCUGUCUGGGAGCUGUCAUACUGAACCUUACAGGCAAAUUCUAAGAUUUAGCCGUUUAAGACUAAACAAGGUUCACCUCAAUGUCCAGGCCAGAGGAUGCUGGUCCUGCAGUUGCCUUUCGGUUUGCCCAAGUUCAAAGCCUUGUCUUAUUGGAAGAGAACUAAUAUCAUUUCUAAGUGUUGGGGGGGAAAGUACUUAAGGUGACACCGUGUUUAAAGCUGUCACUGUUUUUGAGGUAACGUUUGUUGCCGUUAAACCAUGCAAUGAAUCUAUCAGGGUGAACACUAUCAUAGCUGAAUAUUCUUGGGGAACUUCUGUCCCCACCAGCUGUAACUUUGCUCCUUCUUUAUUGUAAAUACGACCAGUUUUAUCCAGAUUUUCCCUCUUAGCAAAUUUCCUCGGUAUAAUUAGCUCUGGACCCUUUGCUCGGCUGUUGUUCCUCUGUUCCAGCCAGACAUCCCAAAGAAACACACCACACAGGGGGACUUUUUAUUUUGAGAAUAAAUGCUUCCAGAAGAGGAACUCCACAGAGACUCGGACCACCAAUCCUGGCUCAUCUCAGCUGAGUGUAAUAAUAGUGGACUUCGUGUACAGAUUGCUGUCGUCCUAUUAUUGUGCAGUAGCUACUGUGACACUCCUGUUAUGCUCUCUCUUGCUCUCUUUCUGUGUAUAUCCAACCUCCUUUUUUCAUAUCCUGUAGAAAAAUAAAUUAGAAAUUUGCUAAA